AUGCUGGGCACGACUACUGUCAAUUACAGAUUCAAUGUUAAUGGGGAUUACACUGAGAUUUUGGAAGCUAAAAGAGGUAUUAGACAAGGAGAACCAAUCUCCCCUUUACUCUUUGUGAUUAUGAUGGAAUACAUGAACAGAGCGCUAACCAAGAUGUCUAAGAAUCCUGAAUUCAAAUUUCAUAGCAAGUGUAAAAAGUUGAAUAUUACUCACCUUUCAUUUGCAGAUGAUGUUUUGCUCUUUAGUAGAGGGGAUCACUUAAUUGAGAUUCUUCUUGAUGCCUUUAAUUCUUUCUUUGAAACCACAGGUUUCAUAGUCAACCCAAAGAAAUGCAAGGCAUUCUUUGGAGGGAUGGACAGUGAAACUAAGAAGAAAGUGUUGCUGCAUACUGGAUUUUCUGAAGGCCAGUUUCCUAUUAGAUAUCUAGGCAUCCCUUUGGCUAGUACAAAGCUCAGCAUUCAUCAGUAUUUUCCUCUUACUGAUAAGAUUGUAAGUAUAAUUAGGCAUUGGUCUGCUAAUCUUCUUAGCAUUGUUGGCAGGAUCCAGCUUGUGAAAAGCAUUAUUGUAGCUAUAGCCCAAUAUAUGAUGCAUUGUCUUCCUCUCCCUAAAGCUGUUAUAAAGAAGGUGGAUUCCAUUUGUAGGACUUUUAUCUGGGCAGGGAAAGCUAGAGACUUCAUGACUGAUUUGCAUACUAAUAGAUAUACCUGGAUGAUGAAGGUGUAUAAUGCGCUUAUGGAGGAGGCUACUAGGGUGGAUUGGUAUCAUUUGAUGAGCCAUAAUAUAGCUAGACCUAGAGCAAAAGUGAUUUUAUGGCUAGCAAUCCAAAACAGACUGCCUACCAAACAGAGAUUGCAUAAGAUAGACAUUCUGCAGCAACAAACUUGUGAAUUGUGUGAAGAGAAAUAUGAAUGUAUUGAUCACUUGAUGUUCAAUUGUCCCCAUACAGUGGGAAUAUGGCAUUCUAUCAUGAACUGGAUGGACAUCAGGGAUACUAGGAGCAUGGAUUUUGAUUGGAUCUAG